UGAAAUUCUGUUGCUUUUGGCUUGCUGUUAGGCUAAUCUCAUCGAGUUGCCUCCUAGCCCAGUGUCCCCACUGGAGGUUGUAGGCCACAGUUGCCGCCAUUUCUUCAACAACGACUUCAGCUGCACCUUGCCAGAACUGAGCCCAAAAUGUCUGUCAGAAUUUGAGGCGCCUGCCAGUGAAUUGUCAUACAGGCCAGAAAUGACUAUUGAAACAGCCUGCAGCCUUGACAAGGCCUACAUCAGAGAGGUCCUUGCUGCUGCUGGCUUAUACGUUGACGAUGGGUCACUUGACAACAAGGCCAAUGCCAGGGUGGACUCGAUGGCGAGACCGAUCUGCGAUGACAUCUUCGAGGAGGUAGAGGACAUCUACUACUACCGCGGCAUUGGCUUGUACAGCGACGCUGGAGGAAACGCAACGGAUCACAGGAUGCUGUUCGACCUUGCCAACGAAGCACUGCUGAGCUUGGUUCAGGGUGCGAGAACCGGUUCCUCGCUGCGGCAAUGGGUCAUUGACAGUACUGGUGCGUCGAGAGGGAGGAGGCUGGUAGAUGAUGUGUGGCAGCAGGUGCAAACACUAAGGAACCCCCAAAUGCAGGAAAUGAAGACAAUAGAUAGCAUGGUGGCCUAUGAAAUCCGGAAUUCUGCAUGGGCUGAGGUUUUACACGAGGAUGCCUAUGUUGUUGGGAGGAAGAUUGAACGUGCCAUCUUCGAUGAACUGAUUGAAGACAUUCUGAUAGAGGUUUUCAUCUGACAAAACCAAGCAGAUGCUUACAUUGACAAGCGACUUGAGCAGCAAAUUUCCAGCUUCAAUGUAAAAGUUGCAUGUCUUGGAAAUUCCUCACUUUAUUAUGUAUAAGUUUUUUUUUGUAUUUACUGAAGACAAGUA